AUGUCAAUCGCUCGGUCUCGGGUCGUGGACCUAAUGCGGGUCCAAUGCCGCAUCUUCAACACCACGUUCAAUCCCAAUCGCCUGCGCAUUGGUACCAAAAUUCUCCGUCAGCGCCUCCGCGGAGCGGCACUCGCUUCAUAUUACCCUCCACGAGUCGGUACCAUCCAACAGUUGCGGAAGGACUUCCCUCGCGCCGUGAUUGAGGACGAGGAGGAGCAGGACAGACUGGAACACAUAGAACGGUUGAAAGCGAGAGGCAAAGGAGCACCGAAGAAGAAGAGAACUGCAGCUGGUAUGUCCUGA